CGGGCCGAAGGGUGCGAUGCGCGCCCGUGCCUAUGAUAGUCCGUACUCCAGCGUCGUUGGCGUCCCUUCGGGUGGUGCGCGGGAAGCUCGCAAGUCGUGCGGCCAGACGAACUAGCCGUAUGCGCGAGAGGAUGGAGGAGGCGACGUCGCCCAAAGUCGGGCAGCCGACACCUUUCAGCAUCGCGGACAUCCUGAACAGGCGAGAGAAGGCUCAGGAGCUGGAGGAGAAGAAACACUCGGGGCGGGCGUUCGAAGGCUACCGUGGCCAGUACCUGGGGCUAUCCUCGCCCGAACUCAGCAUCGUUAAAGAACUCGAUCUACUGCGCCGGAAUUUGGCCCAGGCGAAUCUCUCGGGCUUUCACGAACUGUCGACUAUUGAAAAGCCCAGCUUCAAGCCCGUCGAGAAUUUCGGCUUCCACCGAGCGCCCAAAGAAGUGAAGGAACAUCAUCGCCAGCAGGAUGAAGCCCUGGACAUGAGCAAAAGUAAAUACCUCGACGACAUGGAGGAUGAACUCUUCGAAGCUCAAUGUCAUGGACAAAAUUUGCCAGGGCGCAAAAAGCGCAGUAGAGCUGCUUUUUCUCACGCUCAAGUCUACGAGCUCGAAAGGAGAUUUGCAGCGCAGAAAUAUCUCUCGGGUCCUGAGAGAGCAGAUUUGGCAAGAGGACUUAAGUUGACCGAGACGCAGGUUAAGAUCUGGUUUCAAAAUCGACGAUAUAAGACUAAGCGGCGCCAACAACAAGAGCUCGGUGCUCUCGUGAACUCAAGCGCUGCUCGACGGGUAGCGGUGCGCGUCUUGGUGCACCCGGAUGAGCAUCUUCAUGGGCUACCGACACCACUUCGAAGCUCAGCGAGCCUAUUACCGACCUCGGCCCAGCUUCAGCAGCACUCAGCAACUUCCGUUCCGGGUAAGCCGGGCCUCGCCACGGGCUUUCCCUAUUACUGUUUGCCCUAUCACCCCCUACUCUGCAGCUCUGCAGCUCUCCAUCACCACACAGCCACAGCAGUACAAAUGCACCACGACCCGGAUAGCCCCAACGGUCCGAAAAUUAAUGUAGACAAGCUCUAGGAUCUUGAUUUUUUACCUCUCGAGCUGCGUCCGUUCUGCAAUCUUUUUCCAAAGAUAA